AUGCGUGCGGCAGACAUAAAUCAAGGGCUCUUGGUUGUGGGCGGUGGGGAGAGGAAUGGGAUGGAAGGAAUUGUAGUUGGAAUAGUUGCGAAGGAGGGAAUGGUUGGAAGCGGUGGCAAGUUGAACUUUGGGAUUGAUGUUGGGAUGGUGGGGAAGCUCAGAAAUGGAGGCAGUGUCGGCCUAGGCAGCGAUGGGAAAGUUGGCACCAUUGGCAAGGUUGGUGUGGAGGGCACAGUCGUUUGCAAAAGAUGGCGAGCGGCUAAGCUGAUGUCCAUGCUGGAGAGGCUGAAGAAAAUGAAGAAAGCUAAGAUGAAGCACUUGCAAGAGGGCGCCAUCACUGAACGAAAUUCACGAUGA